AUGGCUUCCGAAGGUGGCCCGCGGGGCUUGCCACGAGCUACCUUUGCGAAACUCUCGCCGCACCCUUAUCUCCUCGCCAACCUCGAACCCUCCGACGAAGGCACCGCUCCAGCCCGAAGCAACGGUCGUGCACCUCGCGCUGCCCGCCCGCCCACCGUCAACAACUCUAGCCUCACACACGCCAACGGAAGCUCGCUCGUCCGCUGCGGCGACACCACCGUGAUCUGCGGCGUGCGCGCCGAGACCAUAUUGACUUCCGACAUACCAAACUUUAGGCCGUCAAACCGGAAAACCGAGCUCAAGGAUUAUGACCUCCUCGUCCCCAACUUGGAGCUGGCCACCGGGUGCUCGCCCCAGUUUCUCCCAGGCCAGCCUCCCACCACGCUUGCCCAAACUCUGAGCACCCGCGUCUAUUCGCUGCUCCACGCGUCCAAGCUGGUCAGCCCCGACGAUCUCAGGAUAUGUGGCGGCCUUGCGAAAUACCAAGCUGCCCAAGGCUCGGUGGGACCCCGACUCGGAGAGGAUCGUUUGUUCUCGGAUGACCCCGUGCCUCUCACCAUCAACGGUAUGCCCAUCGCAUCCACUGCCGCCAUUUUCACAGGCAAAGACACAGACAGGCCGAGCGAUGGCAAAUUCUGGCUUCUCCUGGACCCGGAUCGGCUAGAGGAGUCGCUCUGCGACGAAGCCAUUACCGUCGUCGUGGACAAGAGCGGCGGCGAGACAAAGAUAUUGAGCAUCACGAAACACGGAGAGAAGAGAUGGGAUGAGUUUCGGUCAGCAAUUGAGGAGUCACCUUGA